GCAGCCCUUCCCGGUGCCCGUCCGCGCGGCCAGGCGCUCGCUGGUCCAGCCUCCUCCCGCCCGCCGGCAGGUGCCGGCCCGCCCCCUCCGCUGCAGUCGCGUCGCGGGCCCCCUCCCAGAGCCGCAGUGGGCCGGGCCGCCGCCGCCCGCACGCGCCUCCCGCAGGCUCAUUCCCUGCAGCGCGCGCCAUGGCCCUGGGCCUGCGCAGCCUCCCGCGGCGCGGCCUCUGGCUGCUCCUGGUGCAUCACCUCCUCGUGGCCACCGCCUGCCAGGACGCACACUACGGCGCCCUCCUGCGGGAGUUCUGCCUCGCCCAGUUCCAGGCGGACAUGGAGGCCAUUGGGAAGCCGCUGUGGUGCGACUGGGGCAAGACCAUCAGGCGCUACGAGGAGCUCACGGACUGCACCAGGCAUGUGGCGGAGAAGCUGGACUGCUUCUGGCCAAACGCAGAGGUGGACAGGUUCUUCAUCGCCGUGCACCAGCACUACUUCAGAAGCUGCCCCGUCUCCGGCAGGGCUGCGCGGGACCCGCCCGGCAGUGUCCUCUGCCCCUUCAUUGUGGUGCCCGUCCUGGUGACCCUGCUGGUGACGAUGCUGGUGGUCUGGAGGAGCAAGCACACGGAGGGCAUCGUGUAGGCCUGCGGCCUGGGGAGCCGUGGGCGCGGCCUGGCCAGAGCUCCCAGGGCCCUAAUGGCAGGGCAGGCCCCAAACCCCCCUCUUCUACCCGAGAAGACCUACGGAAUUUUGCAGAGGCCGUGUACAGGCAUUACCCUGGAGGCCCCCACCCCAGGAAGGGAGCCCGGGGGCUAGGAGGGGGCAAGGGGUGUGACUGUCACCUUCCCUGUUCCAAGCUCUGUCUCCCAAGUGGUUAUAAACCAUCUGUGGUUCUGUUCCAACCUCUAGUCAGACUGUGGAUAAAUAGUUUGUGAUUAAAAAGAUGUCCUUGAA